AUGUUGUCUGCUCACCGCAACAAAAACAAAUCGCGUAUUCCGAUGCCAAUUACCUCACAGCAACGACACAACAAAAAGGUGAACAAAGCGGUGGUAACACCUGCCAAAUUGGAUCAAAAGAAAAACAACAACAAAAGUAGCUUGUUUUCGACAACUUGCUUUCGUAUGGCACAGGAAGCGAGAAACUAUAAUAAGCCGUAUAUCAGAUCAGAGCACAGCCAUAAAAAAUCUCCACCUCUUCUUUCUUCCCUUACUACUACCAACAAAAUGAACAAAAACAUUCACAAAUCUCCCAUCACUCGACUGAAAGAGGACCUUGAGACAUGGAGGCAAAAGAAACUAGACGACGAAUUGCUCGUGCAGAAACAGAGCAAUGCUAUAUUAAAGCUCAAGCAGCAAUUGGCUCUACAGACAGAGAUACAGCAAGAACGACAACGCAAGGCCGUGCUGCAGAGCAAACUAAAGGCCAUCACAGCAGAGAUAGAGAGUCUCAGCAUGGAUGUGGUGGACUCGCUUGAUGUAAAGACCACGCUUGAUCAGCAUGUGUCGUACACAGAUACCAUUAAAGAAUUACAAUCACAACUCGAGUCAAGAGAAGCCGAUUUUAAAAGAAAACUAGGUCAAUAUCAAAGGGAAUUACAGCACAAAGAGCAAUGCAUUCAGCAGCAACAAGCUACUCGCAAGCAACUACAAAGAGACCAUGCAGAUCACAUUGCCCAAUUGAACACAGCACACACGGACCAUACGCAGACACUACAAGCGCAAUACCAAAAGGAAGCUGCUACCAUGCGCACAUUAUCAAAACCGUCUAUAUCCUCCAUUGACGUUAGUUCUGCUAUCGAGCAAGCAUUGAACGAAUUCGAACAAGAGCAGCACAACCAUGCACCCUCAUCACCGCCGCCAACAACCACCUGUACACCACUUAUAUAUCAUCCUGUGACUGUCACAGCGCUAGCAAAAACCAACCAGCAAUGGUACUCAAAGCGAUACAUGCCAAUUGAUGCUGUGUCAUGGCCAGUUCCUCAGGCUGCACCUAAUUUAAAAAGACAAAUACGUAUUUGA